AACACGAGCAAAGGCAGCGCCAGGCGACUCGACUCGACUCCCGCGAAGCGGAGCGAGAUCAGAUCGAUCGAUCGAUCUCCGCCUCUCCCCAUCCCCCUCACCCACACCGGCCGCCGCAACCAAAACCCUAGCAGCGACCGCGCUUGCGCCGCCGCUAAGGCUCGUCGGCGCUCGCUCGAUGGGGACCGAUCGGGCCGAUCAAUCCCGCCGCCGCCGCCCCCGCCCCGACCUCGAGGAGGGCGAGUUCGUCGCGGACGACGACGACGGCGGCCGCGUGGAGAUCAAGGUGCGCCGCCUCGAGGACAUCCUCGACGGGGACGCCCUGCCGUCGCCCACGCCCUCGCGCGAGGGCGACUCGGACGGCACCGUCAGCGACAUGGACGCCGACGACGACGAGGGCCUCGCGCGGGAGCCGGGCUUCCCCUGCCCCAUCUGCCGGAGGGAGUUCGCAAGCGGCAGGGCGGUGCACGGCCACAUGCGCGUCCACCAUCCGCACGGCGGCGGCCGCCAGGGAAUCGUCGUCAGCGGUGGAUGGGCCGUGACCGGCAAGCGGGGCUACGUCGGCGGCAGGUCCGUCUCCGUUCCCCCCCAGGACGAGGAGGAGGAGGAAGGAGUGGGCGACUCCACGUCCAUGACCACUGCGGUCGCGGAGCCCGUGAUCGACGCCGCGCCCAUCGCGUUCGCGAGCAGGACCAGCAGCGCCGAGCCUAAUCCUCCAUCCAUGGCCAUCGCUCUUGCAGCGGACAAUCCUCCCAACCAGGUCGGCGUGCGCCCAUCCUGUUCACCGCAAUGCGGCGCCGGGCACCAGCCCGCCGCGCCUCGGGCCGUCGUCGCCCAACCUCAGCCAGCGGUCGCCCAAGGCCACCUCGCAGCGGCGGCGCCUACGGACUUCUUCGCCUCGCCUCCUCAGGCCGUCGCGCGUCACGUUCGGCGCGCGGCGCCGUCGCCGACUUCACGGGACGAGCAAGGCCGGUGGGUCUGCAAGGAGGAAGGGUGCUACCAGCGAUUCAACUCGCACCAGGGGCUCGGCGGCCACAUGGCCGCCCACAAGAUGAGAAAGAACAACGAGGCCGCCGCGGCGGCAGCGGCCGCGGGGCUGAACCCGUGCCUGGCGAGCGCCAGGCCGGCGAAGCUGCACCCGUGCAAGCACUGCCCCAAGGUGUUCAACUCGGGCGUGCAGCUCGGCGGGCACAUGAGGAUGCACUACGAAGGCAAGGUGAUCGCGAGGAGGCGCCGCGUCGAGGCUCCCGUGUCGGCGCGGGAGCUCGCGGCCGCGCUCUUCUCCGCCCAGGCGUCCCCCGAGACGUCGACCAGCGCGUCCCCGCCCGACGGGCUCGCGCUGUCCCUGUCCCCGCCCGCGGACGGGCCCGAUGAGCUCGCGCUGUCCCUGUCCCUGUCCCCGCCCGCUGACGCGCCCGAUGAGCUCGCGCUGUCCCUGUCCCUGUCCCCGCCCGCGGACGCGCCCGAUGAGCUCGCGCUGUCCCUGUCCCUGUCCCCGCCCGCGCCCGCCGCCACGGAAGUAGCGCAGCCUGGCAUUAUCUCGCCGGUAUUGUCGGGAGGAUCGGAGCCGGCGCCAGCGCCGGUCGCGCCGGGCGUCUUGAGGAUUUUCGGCGUCAACAUCGCGGUGGCGGCACCCGCGGCAGCCGGGGAGGAAGUCUCCUCCGCCGUGAGCGAGACGGACCAGAGCUCGGCGGCGUCUACCAACAUCCAGGAGUAGAUUGAGGUUUUAGCUCUUACGGGGAAAGAUACGUGGAGCGUGGAGCGUGGAGCGUAAGCACCAUAUGCACGAUAGAGUAUUGUCAGAGGUUAUCGAGUAGGAAAUAAAAGCUGUUAUCUGGAUGGCAGAAGUAAACUGCGUCCCCUUGGGAUUCAGUGUAUAUGCAUUGUCUUCACCCAGAUUCUGUCUCAUUUGCAUCGCAGUUGCAUACCGGGAACGCUAC